GGCAACGUCACUUCCGUAGUGGGGCCAAGAUGGCGACGGCAAUGGACGCGGACGAGCUCCGGCAGCUGAGGAGGCGCUUCCAACAGGAGGCCGAGUCCUUGUUGGGGGCCUCGGCGCUUCGGGGCCACGGAGGGGAGGCCGAAGCGUCUGCAGCUGUUGAGAAAAAAGAAAAACCUCUUCCAAGACUUAAUAUCCAUUCUGCCUUUUGGAUUUUGGCAUCCAUUGUUGUGACAUAUUAUGUCGAAUUUUUUAAAACUGUGAAAGAAAACAUACAAACGAGUGGGUGGCUGCUGGUCGGGAUCGGCCUUCUGAUCCUAAGCUUAUCGAUUGCAUUUUACUGCAUUUUGUAUCUGGAGUGGUAUUGUGGGAUUAGAGACUAUGACGUCAAGUACCCGGCGCUGAUUCCUCUGACCACGGCUUCCUUCAUUUUAGCAGGAAUUUGUUUCAACAUUGCCUUAUGGCCCGUGUGGACACUUUUCACUCCUCUGAUAUUAUUUACCCAGUUUAUGGGUGCUAUAAUGCUUGUCUCCCUCCUUGGCUGACAUUUAAGGUUUUAGAUUGGAAGCAAAUGUGUAAACACCAGACCAACAAAACAGAAUGUGGAUGAAGAAUGGAGCAAGCCAUAGAGGAUUUCUGGCCUCUCAAACGGGACUUUUACGUGGAAAAGCGUGGCGCUGGCGUUUGCUCGAAAUGGAGGUGGAUUGCUUCUUGUAGCACUGCUCCGAGCUCGAGUUGUGGAGCUGCACUGAUAAACUAUCACAUCUCAGUGAUUUUUUUAAAAUUGCGCUCUGAAUUUUAAUGAUUAGGGGAAAGUAUAGAAUUUAAAGAUUCUAACAGAUCUGUGGGCACAAGGGAAAUUUAUAUUCUAGCUCUAUAAUCACUUCCAACAUUUUGUUUGUUGAUUAAUUUAUUUCUAUCCCUUUUUUGGGUAGAUAUAUAAUUUUGUAUGUUGGCUUCAUGUGUCUUUAAAAGAAUUACAUUGUUUGUGCCUUUAAAACUCAUUUGAGUAAUUAUGAUAUACUUUAUUUUUAAAAUAUUGUUAUUAAAUGGGAGUUCUUGUUAAAAGCAGCAGUACUUUCCCUAUAUCUCUUAAUAUUCAAUUAUUUCAUCUGUAAAUAAUUAUGCCAAGUUUUCUGUAUUUGUUUAGAGUUUUUCUAGCCAUUUAAAAUGAGUUUAAUACUUUUUUUUAACAUUAAAUUACAUUUUGCAGAAGAUGCCCGUUAUUAUCUUUUUAGAUGUGUUUACUAGAAUUUUGUCCUCUUUUGGGGAGAAACCUUUCUAAAUUGAGUGGAGAAAUGUCUAAGGAUGCAUUUUUAAAAAUCAUUCUUAAUUUAAAUGUAGAACUGCCUCAAUUUAAAAUGUGGUUAUAGUGUUAUAACAUGGAAAGAAAUCGUUGAUGCUUAAUUUUUUUUUUACUGUGAUAAAUUAAAUUCCAAUAAAUUGAAUUUAAUUUA